CAAGAUUGUCAUAAGAGGAAAAAAAGAAAAAAGUAGUCGCGUGAAAUACCCUCGCUGCCCUCUGUCAUGUCCUUAGUUCAUUUCCAUCUUUCCUCAAGAACUCCCAUGUAGAUGCCAAAAACCCCUAAAACCGCAGCCAAAACCAGCUCUUUUGGGUUUGUCAACAACAUCAACAGUAAGCACUCCGAAACCCAUUUCUCACUCUCCAGAUCUGAGGCCUUAAAAUCCUCAAUUUCAUCAAAAACAAAAGCCCUUCAUAAAAAAAGGAAAAGAAAAAGAAAAAAAAAAAAAAACAUCCUUUCGUGAACGAUCAAAUGGGUCUUCCUUUGGCUUGCAUUUCCGAAUCGGGGGAAGGGCUUUUCGAAGUGGGGUUUCGGAUUUUCCUAUGAUUUUCGGUUCUGAAACCAACAAAAGAAAUAGGUGUCGUCUUAUUUUGAUUAUCGUCGUUUCUCGUAAAAGUGAGAGGAAGAAUGAUUCAGUUGCUUUUCUUGGUGCUGUUCGCGGAGGCCGUUGUGGCGUUCCUUCUGUUGGUUAAGAUUGGGCCGCUGAGGGAGCUUGUGAUUAAGAGUCUUGAUCAACUUAAGAUGAAAAGAGGCACUGUUUUGACAAUUGCAGGGACAAUGUUUGCGAUUUUCAUGUCGAGUUUCUUCAGCAUUGUUAAGAUCCAGAAUAGAGGUGCAAAGCUCGGUUCCAUGUCGCCUAUGGAUCAGGUUCUCUGGAGGACCCACUUGCUUGAGGCUUCACUCAUGGGUUUUACCCUAUUUCUCGGCUUCAUUAUUGAUCGAAUGCACCAUUAUAUUCGGAAACUCAUUGGACUGAGGAGUAGUGUGGGAUCUUCCAAGGAAGAACUUGAGAAACUUCAGAAGGAGAAGAUGCAGCUCAAAGAAAAGGAACAGAAAUAUUCCAAGGAAAUAAAGUUGCUUAAAGAUGAAGUUUCCACAUUAUCAGAAAGUUUGAAGAAGUUGAAAAUUAAAUCUGAAGAGAAGGAUAAGAAGGUUGAAACUGCUGAAGCCCAUGUUCAAGCCCUUCAGAAGCAAGCCGCGGAUCUACUGCUCGAAUACGACCGUCUCUUAGAAGACAACCAAAAUCUUCAAAACCAAGCUCUAGGAUAUAAGAGCUAACAGAAAUCUUUCUUAAAUAUUAGGCAGAUCUCAAUGUUUCGAGAGGCAUUUUGAUCCCUGAUCUUCUUAUCUUUUUUUUGUUUUUUUUUUUUGUUUUUUAAUCCAAACAUAUUCUAUCAGAAAUGGUCAAGUGCUUGCUGCGUGUUGAAAAUUUUGUAAUUCUAAGGAAUGUAGAGUAUUUGUCUGACAAACUUUGUACGGUUCUACUGAUUGCAUGG